UAUUACCUUAGUGGAACAAAGUAACCUCACGCUGCUUUACGUCAAACGAUCGCAAGAGAUGAAAACUUUCAACAUUAUCGUCGCAAUGAUUGCGCAAAAUCAGCAAGACAAAAAUUCAGUGCGAUCUAAGGGGAACAUUUGACACGCAACGAAAGUCUAGUUGUGUCGUUGUGAAGGUCGGCCUCGGUCACCGCGCACACGCCGAGAUAACGAUUCUGAUUUCAUUCUUAUAAUAGUCGCGAGGCGAUUAUUUUAAAAAGAAGAAGAAAAAGAGGAAAGAAAGAGAGACCAAGUUUGAAAAAGUAGAUCUAAACUUCAGUCGAGACAACGUAAAGUGGCUUAGUGAAAAGUCUACGGCAGACAGUGAAGCAACGUAGCGAGCGACAGACAGAAGGUGUGAACUGCCAAAGGCUAGGCUAGAAGUAGUACGAUAUGGAUUUCACGUGGAGUACUUCGCUUCACUUGAAUUUGAUAUGCAUUUUCACCGUUUGCUGUGGUUUUGCCCUAGCCACAGUGUGUCCCCGCCCCCUGAACUCUCACGUCAGCGAGGGCGAGGGUGACGUCAUUCCGGACCACGGAGACCUGGUCGGGUCAGAGACAGCGGGGAGCCUGAAGAAAGACUACUCCGUCUGUUCUGGAGGAUGUUGUCAGUACGCCGUUGACGGCUGUUGUCGGGAGUCUGAAAAAGCGUCCAUGGCGUACGGUGCCACCUUCCUGGGCAUGACACUACUGGUGGGCGUAGCUGUAGCGCUGAUCUGUCGCAAAGCCAGGAACAGGAGGUGCUGCGCAAGUGGAACACAGAACC